AUGCUUUUAAAUGGAAUUCAGGACAAGAUUGAUUUAAAUCAGUUCGGCUGUAUGAAAGGUGUAUCAACAGUUGAUGCCCUUAUCUCAAUAAUGCUCGGGCCAGUUUUUUUCAUUAUCUUCAUUAAUGACCUUAAAGUUCAUCUUCCUAUUGUUAAAUACAUGGAUGACACCACGGUGUCAGAAAAGAUUUCUAGUAAAGAACCGAGCACCUUUAAAAAUGUCAGUGAGGAAAUCUGUAGCUGGUCCACUAGCAACAGAAUGAAGAUUAAUGAAAAGAAAACUAAGGAAAUGCUAAUUAGCUGUAAACAUGUAAAAUCACAACCUCCAAUGAUUCAGAUAAAUGGUGUUAAUAUUGGCAAUGUUAGUCAAUCUAAAUUGCUAGGUUUUGCGAUCCAGGAUGACCUAGGAUGGGAAAGCCAUAUUCAAUCUAUUGUAUCAAAAUGUAAUACAAGAAUCUACUUUUUAAAACAAUUACGCAGAUGUGGCCUUAAUACCCUCACCUUGCGUCACUAUUAUUGCAGUGUUAUUAGGUCAGUCCCUGAGUAUGCGUGCCCUUUGUGGUUUACUGGCACCACUCUCAAGCAACAACAAAUCAUUGAAACAAUUCAAAAGAGGGCUAUUAAAUGCAUUCUUCCAGGAAUGUCAUACGAAAAUGCUCUUCUUUUACUAGGCCUAUCUCCACUUAAAGACAGAUUGCUAUAUCUCUCUAAAAUCUAUUUUGAGAAAAUCAAGAAGAGCGAACACAGAUUAAAUCAUCUCCUAACCCCAACGCUAGACCAUAAUUAUAGACUAAGGAAUAUUAGACAAUUUGCACUACCCAAAAUUAAGUGUGAAAGAACCAAGAAAUUCAUCAUUAACUAUUGUAUUUUCCAUCAAUGGUAA